AUGUUUCCUAGAUUAUUUGGAUCUCUUUCAAAUAAAUUUAAUCCUAUUUCACAUUUUAACUACGAACUUAAUUAUUUAAGUAAUUAUUCUAAUAAAGGACUAUUCCUUAAUACCAUAAGAAAGUUUUCUGGAGAUUUUAAUAACAAUACUCAAGAAUCCGAGUUGCCAGAUGAUGAUAAGCACAACUCAGACCCAAAAUGGAUGACAAAAUCUAACAAAACCAAUAAACAAUCAAAGAAUUCCAAGGAUAACCGUCCACUUCCUUUUAAUUUUGACUCGAAUACUGAGGAUUUGACUGAAGAGCAGGUUCUUCAAAAACAGGAAAUAAUCAAGGAACUUACUCGAAAGCUAAGUGGCCCUUUAGCAGACGAGAACGGUAGAGUUCCCGUGGGAGACCAAAGGCCAAUAGCCAUAGAAGUUGAUGGUCCAUCUCAUUUUUAUUCUAAUACUACAAAAUAUACUGCCUAUACUAAGCUAAAACACAGAUUAUUAACCAGAAUGGGUUAUAAGGUUCUCCACGUCCCGUUUUUUGAGUGGCGUCGUCUUAGAGGUGCCAGGGAAAGGGAAGAGUACAUGAGAGCUAAGCUGAAGGAAGAGCCCACAGAAUGGUUGGAGCCUGAAGAUGAGGAAUUUUAUAAUAAAAGGAUCGAAUCCUUGAACAAGGAGCAGGAGUCGGCCUUAAAUGCAGUCAACUUGACCAAUAACUAA